AGGUUCUUUGCUGAUGCGUGAGGAUAUUGCCAGCAUGCCUGCCAUUCAGGAGAGCCUUCUUGUGAUGGAUAAGAACUACGAUUCCCUUCAGAACGAGAUUGCCGAUCGCAUACAGAAGUACAACUUGAUAAGCCAGGCAUUGAGGGAGUAUGCUGAUUCCAAGGACAAGUUCUCCAAGGAAGCUAAAGAAGGCAGAAGAUUUGUUCAAUGCUAUACCACAACAGCCACGCGAUGAAACUGAGCUCCAUCAAGCUUCCGAGAAGACCAGAAAGACCAUGGAACAGUUGCGCAAAUCUAAGCUCAGCUUGGAUGAACUCGAGCGACGGGGCAACAAUGUGGCUAAACUUUUCAGUGCCAUUGGAGAACCAGUACCACAGGAAGUGCCACAGGAGGUAACAGCUGCCAAGCAAACCUGGCAGGAUCUGCACGACAAGACGGCCAAGAACGCCCAUGUCUACGAGACUGAGGCUGUUAUUUGGUCACAGAUCGAAGAUGCCAAGAAGGACUUGCUACCCUGGUUGUCCGAAACGAAUCAGGGACUCUGUGAUGCGGCAGAUAACUCAAUUGAAAUUGAGUUUGGACCCAUGCGUCUGAGCAAAUAUCGCACCGAGUUGCCAUCCUACGAGGCUCUUAAGGAUUCGAUUGUGGAGAAAACAAAUGAUUUGAUCAAGAUAAACAAAGGCGCUGAGAUUCCCGCCCUAUCUGCACUCAAUAAACUCUUGACUGAGCAGUUCGCCGAAGUGAGCAACAAUGCUGAUCGUUUGAGUGCUGUUACCACUUCGUUUAAUGAUCAGGAACAAGAGUUACGCAAACGUUCGAAGGAAGCUGGCGAGCGGGUAAGCAAACUCCGUGAGCAGCUCAUCAAGUGCGACGACAUGUCCGGUGAUAAUAACAAGAUCAUGGAACGUCUGCUGCAAUGCCGUGCCUUGCGCGGUGAACUCGACAAUAGCGGAAACGAAAUUGACAACAUUAAACAAAAGGUCGACGAGCUGCGUAAUCUGUACCCCACUUUCAGUGAGUCCAUUAUACCGAAGGAACUGAAUAACGUGCAGAAGCGCUAUGAGAAUGUUGAUCUCUAUGCCAAGAAGAUCGAGAGUUCUCUGCUGCAGUCUAAGAAAUUCCAUGCCGAUAAGGUGGGCAUGCUGAAGCGCAUCAUCGCCACUCAACGCGAAAAGGUGGCUUGGUGUCAGCCUGAGUCGUCCAGUGACAAAUACAACCUGGACGUGAAGAAGUCUUCGCUACAGGAGGUCAGCAAGAGCAUCGAUGAUUGCAAGGCGCGACAUGCCGAAACACUGAAGUCACUGGAAAUGCUAAAGGCUGUCGAAUCACCUCAAAACCUGGCUGAACUUACCAACGAUGCCGAGUUACUACGCAAGGACAUGCAGGCUCUGCAGGAUAGCUUUGACAAAAUCAAGGGAAUCCUCGACGAGAAUGUGGAUUUGUGGUCUCAGUAUGAGCAGUCGAACGAGCAGAUUUCCAAUUGGUUGCGUGACGUUGAAGGAAGGGUAAAGGCAGAGACCAGCAGUCAAGUUAAUCUACCCGAAGUGCCACAAAAGCUUCAGGAAUUGUCCAUUCUUGAACAGGAUGUCUUGGCCCAUGAGCCCAUAAUCAACAAUCUUGAGCAGACAUCCCAGCAACUAAUUGAAAAGAACCCAGAGGCAAGAAUUGGACAGUUUGUCACCCACUUGGUGCAGCGUUAUCAGGCUGUGUCUAAAGCUUUGACUGGUUAUAUUGACAAGAUCCGUAGUGCCCAGUUGUCUAAUGCCAACUUUGCCAAGGCAGCCAAGGAUUUCAAUGAGUGGUUCGGUGAUGCUAAGAUCGAAUUCCAGGAAUUGGCUCGCAUGGGAUCCCCUGGAUCUUCUUCUGCCACAGCUCAACAAUUGCAGACUGUCAAAAACUACAUCAAGACCUUUGACAAUGGACAGCUUUUGUUGAACAACGCUGUGGACAUUGGUGAGGCCCUGUAUCCUGUGGUCUCGCCCGAUAAUCGCGAACGUAUCCGCUCAGAUUUACGUCAAAUGCGUGAGAAGUUCGAUUAUUUGCGCGAUGAGGCAAAUGCUUUCAUGCAGCAGGUAGAGGGUGUUUUGAUUCAAAAGACAUCGAUCGAAGAAAGUUACACCCAGGUUUCGCACUACCUCAACGAGUCGAAAGCAAAGGUUCCCGCCGGUGACGAAUUGUAUCCAACUUUAGCCACCAAAAAGGCUGCUCUGCAGAACUACAAGACUCAGCUACAGGAAAUAACCCUUCACAAAAAUGCUCUUAAACAAUUGCAUGACAAGGCUGUGACCCUUUGUGAUGAUGAGUCAGAGAGGAAGACCGAGGAGUCCAUCCAGGAGUAUAACACUCUAUCCAAGAAGAUUUCCGAUAGGAUUACAACCGUGGGUAACCAGGUGGUUAAACAUGAGGCUUACGAUCAGGUGCUUGAAAAGGCGCAAGACUGGCUAAACACUAUUAAAUCCGAAGCUAUUGACAUUCUCAACGAGACGACUUUCGAGAAGGAGGGCGCCGAGGAAAAACUGCUUGUGGUGGAAAAUCUUUUGCAGCACAAGCCCGAGGGUGAUUCCAUUUUCGAUACCUGUCAUAAGUUAUUGGAAACUGUGCUGACCCAAACCCAUCCCAGUGGCCAUCCAGCCCUGCUUAAGGGUUUCGAGGAGCCGAAGCAAUCUUGGGAGGACUUCAUGACGCUGUGUCAGGACUCGGCCGUAAAACUGAAGCAGCUCUGCUCUAAAUGGGAUGAGUUUGACACGAUCAUUGAAGAGCUGGACAACUGGAUGAAGAAUGUCGAGGCGGUCGUCAAGAACCAAAACCUUAAAAGCACAGCGGAAGCUAAGAAUGCCCAUUUGAAGCAGCUUCAGGAUAUUGCCAAGGAUAUUGAGCGCCGUGGAUCGGCUAUCAAUGAGCUGAUGGAUCAAGGUCGUGAGAUUGAGGGUGAAACCGAUUUGAACCUUAAGCUGUCCCGCCUGAAUACUCGAUAUCAGACCCUGAAAAACCUAUGCAAGGAAUCCAUAGCCAAAUAUGUGAACUAUGUGAAGGAUCACGAGAGCUUCGAUAACGAUUUCGAUGCAUUCAAGCAAAGUCUUCAGUCUUCAGCUGAUGAGCUGGCCAAGGCCAAUGAAAUUGUUGGCGAUCAAAGCGUGCUGCAGGAUCAGCAGAACAAGCUGCGUGAGAUGUCCGACAAACGCAUUUCGGACUCCACUCUUUUCGAGGGUCUCAUCGACCGCGGCGAGAAGCUCUAUGGACACACCAGUCCAGAAGGUCGUGAAAUCAUCCGCCAGCAAUUGAGAUCUCUGCGCACUCUGUGGGACAACUACACUGAUGAUUUGAACUCGGCCACACAGAAGAUCGAUCAGUGUCUGCUGCAGUUCAACGAGUUCAGCAUUGCCCAGGAUCAGCUCACAAAGUGGCUGAAGGAUGUGGACAAGGCCAUGCAGAGCCACACCGAACCGAAAACGACGCUGCAGGAAAAGCGUGCUCAACUGCAGAACCAUAAGUUACUCCACCAGGAGAUCACCACGCACAAUGUUCUUGUCGAUAAUGUCUGCGACAAGGCCCAGAUACUGGUGGAUCAGAUCAAGGAUAACUCGUUGAAUGUGUAUCUAGCCUCGAUCAAACAACUUUUCCAGAGCAUUGUCCAAAAAUCCGAUGAGAUUUUGCACAAUCUGGAGGAUUGUGUCCAGAAGCAUAAUGAACUUAACAAUGCCUUGUCUUCAGCCAAGACUUGGAUCUCGAAUGAGAAGGCCAAGUUGCUGGAGUGCGACGAUGCUUAUGGCGAGAAGGCGGACAUUAAGCGCAAGAUUGAAACACUGGGACAAUUGGCUCAGAACAAACCGCAGGCCAUGAAGUUGAUCAGCGAUAUACGUGAUCUGUUUGAGAAGGUCAAGGCCACUACAUCCGAGAAAGGCAAUGAGGUGCUGGACAAGGAGAUCGAGGAAUUGGAGACCACCAUGAAGAGCCAUUUCGACGACAUCGAGGGCAUUGAAGGCAAGCAAAAGGAUGUGCUCGCCCAGUGGGAUAAGUUUGAGAAGGCGCUCGAAGAGCUCACCAAGUGGUGCCGCAAUGCAGAGGCCGUUUUCCGUGAGCAGCAGCUUAAGUCGACGCUCCACGAGAAAGUGGAACAGCUGGAAAAGUACAAGAUCCAAAGGGAACUCAUUCUCCAAAAAGAGAAGGAGGUCGAUGCCUUCGGAGAUGCUGCCCAUGCCCUGCUCAACAACUGCGGAGCUGAUCGUCUAAAGACGCUUACCACUCAGAUUACCAAUCGCUAUCAACUGCUACAGGUUCUAAGCAAGGAAGUGGUCAACCGUUGGUCCAACCUUGUCGACGAUCACCAGUUUUACCAGGACAAGUACAACGAGGUGGAUUUGUGGCUGCAACCCAUUGAGGCGCAGAUGGAGAAGGUGCUCUUAGAUGAACCCACCCAGAGUUCGAACAUCCUGCAAGUGUUGCUGUCUGAAAAAGAGCAGGCAGAAAGCUUAUUCGCUGCUCUCAAUGCUGCUGGAGAAAAGGCUCUGCCAGAGACUUCAACUCAGGGUAGGGAGAAGAUUCGCAAGGACCUGCGUGAUAUCCGCGAUCGUUGGGACAAACUGGACGAGGGCAUUCGCAAUCUGGAGAAACGUCAGGAGGCACAGGGUGUUCAGCUCACCAGCUACCAGGACAUUCUUAAUCAAACCACCAACUGGUUGGAUCAAGUGGAAAAACUUAUUCACAAUGAAAACCCAGCCAGCUGGACUAGCGCUCAGGAAAUUCGCUCCAAAUUGUACAAGUACAAGGCCACAAACCAGGACAUAAACUCCCAUAAACGCAUUGUCGAGGCAGUAAAUGAAAAGGCAGCAGCUCUUUUGGGAAGCGCAGCUCCUGCAAAUGCCGAUGAGAUCUCCAAGGCUGUGGCUGAAGUCAACAAGCGUUAUGAGCAAGUGGGUCAGGACUGUGCCAAUUUAGUUGCUGAUCUUGACGGAGCAUUCGAUGUAUACCAGCAGUUCAGUGAGCUGCAGAAGGCUCAGCAGGAUUAUCAGAAGAAUCUUUGGGAUCGCCUCACCGGUUACUCUGACUACUCAGGCAACAAAGCAGCGCUACAAGCACGUCUCCAGAAGAUCAACGAGAUACAGGAUGCUUUGCCGGAAGGUGUGGCCAAACUGAAGUCCCUGGAGGAACACAUCGAACAACAGGCCAAUAACAUACCCGCCCGAUCGAAGGAGGCAAUGGCCCGUGAUCUGGCCAACUUGCAUGCCGAUUUUGAGAAGUUCGGUGGUUCUUUAAGUGACGUAAAGAGUGGACUAGAGAAUCGCCUUCAGCAAUGGAAUGAUUACGAAGUCAAUUUGGAUCGUCUGAUCAAUUGGCUGGGCGAGGCGGAGAAUGCUCUAAAGAACUACAAUCUGAAAUCUUCGUUCGAGGAGAAGGAAGAGCAACUGAAUCGCUUCCAGUCUCUGGCUCAGAAUUUACGCCAAAACGAAGCUGACUUUGACAAGAUGAAGGACGACACCUCUGAGCUGGUGCAAAGUUCUGGUGAGACUAGGAUUGCUGUAAAUGUGCAGCAGGUCUCCUCCAGAUUCCAAUCGAUACAAGCCACCGCUAAGGAGAUUCUCAAGAAAUGCGAACAGGCUGUCCAGGACCAUGGUCACUUUAAUGAUAAAUACAAGCAGUGCGCGGAUUGGUUGGCAAAUGCCCAGGCGCGUUACGAUGAUUGCUGUGACUUGUCCACCGUUGCCUCUCGUGACGAUCUCCUGAAGAAGCAACUGGUUAUCCAGGAACUACUGGCACAGCAGCCAACUGCCACUCAGCUCCUUAACAGUACCGUUGAGCUGGGCGAGAAGUGCUACGGAUCCACAGCGACCGAAGGACGUGAAGCCAUUCGCAGUCAGCUAGAUGACCUGACCUUCGAUCAGUUGUUUGACAACCUAGCCAUCACAGCGAGAAAGAUUCAGGAUAAAAUUGCCAAAUGGUCUGGCUUUGAUGAGAUUGCCGAUAAUCUUAAGAGCUGGUUAGACGAAACGGAGAAUGCUCUUCCAGCUGAUAUCGAGCUGAAAACAACGCUGGACGAGAAACGCACUAAGUUACAAACCUAUCGUGACAUCCUUAACGACAUUAACAACCACCAGGUGGAAUUGGGUAACCUUCAAGAGAUUGCCGCUAAUUUACCGGAGAAGACAGACCUCGUGGACCAAAUCCUUAAGGACAUUUCUGAUCGGUUUGGAAAGCUGCAAAAGCGUGCCCAGAACUACGUGGAGCGCUAUGAGGGUAUUGUAAGUGCCCAUCAGCAAUACUCCAAGGCAGUGAUGGAUGCUCAAGAGUUUAUCGAUGCCACUCAAAAUACGGUUCACUAUUGGGGCGAUUUGGAUCUCGAGCAGAUCUCUUUGCACACGAACCUGGACCGCCUAAAGAAUCUUAAGGCCAGUUUGGCUGACGAGUUCCCACGAGUUGAUCAAGUGAGGGCUUUGGGCGAGAAGGUCAUUCCGGGUACAGUGGAUGUGGGUCAGGUGAACAUCAAGUCCCAGAUCGACACCACCCAGCAGGAAUGGGAAAGUCUACUGGCAACUAUCAGCUCCACCAUUGAGGGUAUUGAAGCGCGCCUACAACAUUGGUCGGAGUAUGAGCAACUACGUGACCAGUGUCUGGCUUGGAUUCGUGAUACGGAUAACAAUCUUCAUGCUAUCGAUCUUAAGGAGGAUCUGCCAAAGAAGCGUGCUCAGUUGGAUGCUCUGAAGGCUCUCCAGGGAGAUGUACGUGCCAAGGAACUGGAAGUUGACAAUGUCACGGAGAAGGCGCAAACCCUGCUUAAGGGUCCCAGCAGCAAUCGAGCCUCUGGUCCUGAAUUGGUGACCAAGUACCAGCAGAUCUUCCACAAGGUCAAGGAACUGAACAACCGUUGGCAGCAGUACGUCACUUCCCACGAAGACUUUGACAACUCAAUUUCUGAUUGUUCCUCUUGGAUCAAUGAGAUUAAAGAGAAGUUGGACUACUGCUCCGACAUGUCGUCUAUGAGUCCGAAAGAACUGGAUAAAAAGCUGGCCACUAUUCAAGAUGUUAUCUUGCUGAAGGACGAAGGUUCUGCACGUGUCUUGAAGAUCCUGGAACAGGCUCAGCAUGUGCUGGCUAACACAGCACCCGCAGGUCAUGAAGCUAUCAACAAGGAACUUACAGAUCUCCAAGAGCUCUGGUCAGGAAUUGCUCUGCGCAUCAUGGAUGUCAAGUCUAAUCUAGACGACUCUAUUACUCAAUGGUCUGGUUUCCUGGACCAAGUGCAAAAUGUUCGCAAAUUCAACGAGUGGUUGGAUGGUUUGGUUAAGGAAUUAAGUGAACACCAAACAACGAUGACAGAGAAGCGAGCUCAAUUGGAUCGUGUUAAAUCUACGGAGGAAAAGGUGCGCGUGGAAAAGAUCGAUGUGGACGCGCUGAAGAUCCAAGCCAAGGAAAUGAUUGCCAGCGGUCAACAGAGUCAGGCGGCCUUCCAGGCUCAAAAAGUACUGGAUACGUUUGAUGAACUUUUCGCUAAGACCCAAAAACUUCUUUCGAACCGCCAGGAUCAGUACAGGGAUCAUCGAUUGUUUAAGGAGGCCUACGAUGAUUUGGUUAGCUGGAUUGGACGCGCACGCGAGAAAUUCCCUUCACUGAAACAGAGCAGCUUAAGCGAUAAGUUGGCCAUUGAAAAUGCUGUUCAGGCCACAGAAGCUCUUCUCAACAAGCAGGCUCAGGGUGAACUUUUAGUGGAGCACUUGGUUCACACUGGCGAAGUGGUGCUGGCCAGUACCUCUUCGCAAGGUCAGGAGAUCAUUAGGAACGAUAUCCGUGCCCUGCGCGACAGCUUCGAGGGCUUGUUCCGUGAAAUCAACCAGCAGAAGGAGAACCUCGAGGUCACCAUGGUGCAGUGGCGAGCUUACAAGGAAGAGUAUGAGCGGCUAAUGGAAUGGUUGCAACAGAUCGACAUCCUUGUGAAGAAUCACAAGCUUAACCUGUGCCCCAACCUUCCGGAUAAGGAGAAACAGGUGGCCGAUAUGAAGGAGGUGAUGUCGCGUCUUGAAAAGGGCAAGGAUGACAUCGAUAAGUUUAAUGCUUCGGCUGCCAGUCUACUGAAGUCCCACCUGGACACCUAUGUGAACAAUCAGCUGCGCCACCUGGGUUCCGUCUAUCAAGUGCAAGUGAACCUGGCCAAGGAUGUUCUCAAGAAGGUGGAAACCAAUCGGGAUCAGCAUCGUGAGUACGAUGCUAACAUGAAAUCUGCCAAGGAUUGGAUAGCCAAUGCCAAGGCCACGAUUCAGUCGGCAGGCGAGGGAGCUGGCUCCAAGGAGGCUCUCCAACGACGACUGGAGCAGAUCCAGGAUCUGAUUCGCAACCGUGAACUUGGCCAGAAUUUGGUGCACACGGCCAUUAACAAUGGCGAAAAGAUUAUCAGGAACACGCGCUCCGAUGGACGCGAUGCCAUCAACACUGAGAUGAAGGAACUCCAGACCGAAUGGGAUCGCUUGGUUAAGAAAAUGUCCACCGCCAAGGUGCAGCUGGAAACGAAUCUGCUGCAAUGGGCGGACUACAGUUCCAGCUACUCGCAGUUGCAGCAAUGGAUCACCGACAGGGAGGCCAAGUUGCAACAGGCCUGUGAACAGAAGAUUGUCAAGUCCAAGCGUGGUCAACCCGGUCUCAGUUGUGGUUUGAGCGAACGCAAGGCCAAUCUCCGGCAGACGAAUAACAUUGUCCAGGAUAUAGUGUCCUUUGAACCCAUGAUUCAGUCGGUCACCUCCAAGGCUUCAGUUCUCCAGCAGGGUGCUCCGGGCACUGAGAUCUCGGAUAAGUACGAGAAUCUUACCAAGCAAGCCAAGGAUCUGUAUGAGAAGCAGAAGAACACCAUUGAGAGCUAUCAGUCUUUGAUUGAUGCAGGCAAUGAGUUUGCCACCUGGCUGAGAAACGCCAAGGAGCGGUUGAGCAAGUGCUCGGAGCCCACGGGAGAUAAACAAGCCCUGGCCGAGAAGACGCACCAACUGAAGAUACUGCAGGGUGAACUUCCAGAAGGUGCCCAGAAACUGAAGAAUGCUCUGGAGCAGGGCGAGAUCGCUUGCCGCAGUGCAGAGCCCGAGGAUUGUGAAAUCAUCGAACAGGAAGUGGCCCUGCUUCAAGAGGAAUUCGAUGCCUACAGUGAAGCCCUGAAUAAGGCCAAGGAUUAUUUGGAAGUGGGCAUUGUCAAGUGGUCCGACUACCAGGAUCAGUACACCGAAGCUUUGGAGUGGUUAAGUAAGACCGAAGCUUUGGUGCAAUCCUACAAUAAGCUGCAGGAUAGUUUGAUCCAAAAGAAGGUUGUCCUCGAGCAAUUCCAGGGACAUCUGCAGACCCUAUUCGACUGGCAGAAGACGCUGGAUGACCUUAACAUGAAGGCCCAGGUUCUGCUGGAGACUUGUUCCGACACAAGGAUCAGCAAUGCCAUCAUGCAGUUGACCACCAAAUACAAUGCUCUACUGACCCUGGCCAAGGAGGUGAUGCGUCGCCUGGAGAUGCACUAUCAGGAGCAUCAGCAGCAUCACAGUCUGUACGAAGAGUGCCAAUCGUGGAUUGAGAAGACCCGCGAGAAACUGGCCGAGUGUGAGCAAAUACCCGGAACUCUUAACGAAGUUCAAAUCAAAUUGAACACUGUGAAAAACCUUCGUCAAGGUUUCGAAACCGGACAAAACAAGUUGCGUUAUCUGUUGGAGCUCAAGGAGAAGGUAAUAAUGAACACCGAACAAAAUGGAGCAGCGAAGAUCCAGGAAGACACGGAAUCCCUGAAACAGGACUUUGACAAACUCUUGGUGGAUCUCAACGAUGUACGCCAAAAGUUGGCCAAUCGCCUUGCCCAGCUGGAAGAGAUCUUCAAGCUGUAUAAGAUCCUGGUCGAAUGGCUGGAGGAUGUGGAGCCGAGUGUGAAGGCCAGUGAUGAGUACCUCAACGAUUUAAGCGAAAAGCGUGCGGCGCUGGAGAAAUUCCGCGUCAUUCAGCGUGACAUCAACGGACAUAAUGAUAUUGUGGAGAAGAUCAAUCAGCGUCUAAAGGAGGAUAACAGCUUGGAUCUGAAUGACUUCCAGCCUGGUCUAGGCAAAUUCGAUGAGCUGCAGACGCAGGUGAAUAAGAUCAUCGAGUCACUGGAGAACCAGGUGAACAGCCACGAGAAAUACAAGCAGGCCUACAAUGAGCUGCAGGAUUGGCUGCGUCGCACACGCAUCGAAGUGGAGCAGUGCGCCGAUUGUCAUGGCGAGAAGGAUCAAGUGGAGAGUCGUCUGAAUCGAUUGGGAGACAUACAGUCCUCUUCGUUGGAUGGCAAAUCUCUGCUGGAAGCCUGCGAGGAGCUCAGCCAGGCGGUGAUUGCCACCAGCGGAAGCGAGGGCCAGGACAAUGUGGCCCAGGAGAUCAAGCAUCUAACCUCGGAGUGGGAAACCCUUCAGGCAAUAUCCCGGGAUGCUCGCAGCAGCUUGGAAUCCUGCCUGGCCGCCUGGCAAACAUUCCUGCAGAAGUUCAACAAGAUCAACCUGUGGAUCGAAACGAUGAGCAAGCGCGUUACCAAAUCCCAGGAAGGCGAGAACAAGAACCCCGAAGAUUUGGUUAAUGCCAAGAAACUGCUUGACGAAGUGCUGGCCGAGAAGGAUAAUGUGGAGGAUCUGAACGAUAACUGCGAGCUGCUCAUGGAGCAGAGUGCCUGCACUCGCAUUCGGGAUCAGACCAUCGAAACCCAGGCCAACUACACCAAGCUUCUGACUUCCGCCCAGGGAUUGGUUGCCAAGAUCGAGAAGAAUCUGUCCGAUCACACUGAGUUCCUGAACUACAAGAAGGAAAUGGAUGCCUGGAUAGAAAAGGCCCAGCAGGUCCUAGACGACUGCUCCACCGAUGGCGAUGCUGCAAUCAUUGCCCAGAAACUGGAUACCGUCAAUUCCCUGGCUUCCCGCCUGCCCGAAGGUCAGCAUCUGUUGGCUUUGGUGCAGGAUGCCUACUCGAAGGCCUCGAACAUCACGCCUGAGGACAAGCAAGAGAAGCUGCGGGAACUGAUGACCAGGGUGCGUGAGGAUUGGGAUGCCUUGGGUCUGGCGGUCAAGCAAAAGUUGAGCGAUCUGAAGCAGGCACAAAAUCGUUGGAACGAUUUUGCUGCCAACAAGGACAAGCUUGAGAAAUGGCUGAACGAAGCAGAGAAGACACUCAAGAUGGCACCCGAAACCAAGGGCGAACUGAGCGAAAUGAAGACUCUGCUGGAGCGCUACAAGACCCUUGCGAAUGAGCUUAAACAAAAGGGUAAUGAGCUGGAGCAGCUGCAGUCGGAGGCUCGUGAUCUGGGCACCGAAGUGGAUGCAGUGAAUCGCUUGCAGUCCCGUUGCGACAAGCUCAAGACGGAUUGCGCCGCUCACAUUGCGGCGUUGGAGCAGGAGAUGUUCGAUUACAGCUACCACCAGAGUCUGCAGGAUGUGGAGAAGUGGCUGCUGCAGAUCUCCUUCCAGCUGAUGGCCCACAAUUCGCUGUUCAUCUCGAAUCGCGAACAAACCCAGGAGCAGAUCAAACAGCACGAGGCCCUGUUGGGUGAAAUUCAAAAGUAUCAGACCAAUUUGGAUGACUUGAAUGCCAAGGGUCAGGCGCAGAUUAAACGCUAUGAGACCUCAACACCGGCCAUUCGUCCCACUGUUGAGUCCCAGCUGAAGAACAUCCAGGAAAGCUACAACUCACUGCUGCAAACCUCAGUGCAGAUCAAGAAUCGACUGCUGGAGUCGCUGGCUAAGUUCCAGGAAUACGAGGACACUCUGGAUAGCAUUAUGCGUAAUCUGGAGGCAUAUGAGCCGAUUAUUCAAACCGAACUGGACGCCCCGGCCACGAGUCUGGAAUUGGCUCAAACUCAAUUGAAAUGUGCCCAGGAAAUGCAGAAUAAAUUGAACAAUGAGAAGUCCCGAUUGGCAGCCGCCGUUCAGGCCUGUGAGGCAGCCACUGCCUCCAUAAGUCGUCCAAGUUCUCCACUGGAGACAGCCAUGCAGGCCAUUCCCGAAAGGGAGCUCAUUGUGCGCGCCAAGCUCGAAGAUCUGCUGGAUCAGGUGCAAUCCCACUUGGGUGGUUUGACUGCAUCCGUUAGCGAACUGGAGCAACAGCAGAAGCAGCGCGCCGAGCUGCAGGAUUGGGUGAAGAAACAGCAGAGCUCUGUCUCAGAUUGGAUGAUGCGUCCUUGCAAGUUGCGUCCUGAGGCAGCCCAACAGGAGCUGGUGUCCAUGAACGAUUUGUUGAACUCCAUCGGUGACAAGAGAUCGCAACUGAUGUUGGAAAUGACAGGAUCAUUGGGCGAUGAAGACACCGAUCUGGAUGACAACAUUGACAAGCUGGAAUCGGAGCUCAUGGAUGCCAUUGCCAAGAAGCAGGCAGGUCAAAAUGUGAUCGAUGGCUAUCGCCAGGGAAUGGCAGAUGUACAAAACUGGUUCGAUACCCUGAUCAAACGCAUGGAUGUUCUGGAUCGUGGUUCCGGUCUCAAUUGUGCCCAGAAAACGGCAGCCAUUAAUGAGAUUAAGAACGAGUACGAACUGCAAGGACAUCCCAAGAUUCAGGAACUCAAGGGCAAGGCCUCCCAGGUGGCGGAGGUCAUCAGCAAUCUGGAUGGUCAGCAGGUUGAAGAGCAAAUGAAGUCGCUGGAUCGUCGUUUUGCCGAUCUUGGCAAGCGCAUCGAUCGUAAGGCCCAAUUGCUGGAUGUGACCAACAAGGGAGUGGAGGGCGCCAAGGGUGAGAUCGAUCAGCUCCAGAAUUGGGUGAAGCAGCAGAUUGAGGAACUGCAGGCACCCACUCCAUUGGGUUACACGCCCAAGGAUGCCGAGGCACGACAGCAGAAGAUCAAGAGUCUGAUGAAGGACGCCGAGGCCAAGCAAUCGCUGGCUGAUGUUCUGGAGAAGCGUGUGGCCAAUAUGCAACAGGAAUUGGAACCCGUUGAAUAUUCCCAACUCGAGUCCGCAUUGCGUAAUCUCAACUCAGAGAAUCGCAAUUUAUCGGGCGUGCUCAAGGCAGAACUGGAUCGUGCUCUGGAGGCCAGCAAGGCACGCAAAUCCCUGGAGAACGAUCUGGAUAAGGCGCGUCAAUGGUUGAAGACUAAAAUCUCCGAAGUGCGCAAGCUGCCGGUUUAUCACCCUCUUACCUCCGCUGAAAUCGAGAAGAAAAUCCAGGAGAAUCGCAAAUAUGAUGACGAUGCCAAGCAGUUCAACGACAGCGUCUUGACUGAUGUUCAGCGUCAAGCGGCCAACAUAAUGAAGGAUUGCGACGAUGGCGAUAAGGCUGCACUGCAGCAGAUUCUGGAUGAAAUAGCCGCCGAUUAUCAGACCCUGAAGGAUGAGAGCAGCAAGAGAGGAAAGUCCCUGGAUGAUCUGCUGCAAGGUCGCAAGGCCUUCGAGGAUUCGAUGAAGAACAUGGGCGAUUGGUUGAAUGAAAUGGAAACAGCCACCGAGGGUGAGCUGCGUACCACCAGUCUGCCUGUUUUGGAGGAGCAACUGGCCCACUAUAAGAAGCUCCUCAAUGAUGCCGAGAACAAGGGCGGCCUCAUCAACGAUGUUUCCGAACAGGGAAAGAGUAUUCUGCCCACUUUGAGCAAUGCCGAUAAGCUGAAGCUCAACGAUGACAUCAAGAACAUGAAGGAUCGUUAUGGCAGGAUCAAGAACACCAUCGAUGAUCGGGUGAACGCCUUGGGCGAUCACAUCAAGAAGUACAAGGAUGCCAAGAGCAGGCUGGCCGAUUGCAGCCAGUUCCUGGGCACCAUUCAGCAGAAACUCCGUGAACUCAAUCGUCCAAUCGGCUCCAGGAUCGAAGAUGUUCAGGAUUUGUUGGGCGCCUAUGAGGGCAUACUCAAGGAACUCAAGGACAGCAAGAGCAAGAUGGGCGAUAUGCAAAUGGACGAUUUGCCAGAGCUGCAGAGCAUUUUGGCCCAGCAGGAUGAUAUGAUCAAACUGAUUGAAGAUCAAUUGGCCCAUCUUCGCCAGCUUCUGCUGCUCCGCGAGCAGUUUAUUGCCUUGAUCAAUGAGAUUAUUGCCUUCAUCAUGAAGUACACCGAUGUCAUAAUUGAUAUUGAAAACUCACCCGAUAGUUUGGAGGAUAAGAUCAAUAAGUACGAUGAUGUGAUUGUGAAAAUCCAGGAAUGCGAGGGUGUCCUGGCCAGCGCCAAUGACAAGGGCCAGAAGAUCGCCUCCGAGGGCAAUGCUGCCGAUAAGAACAGCAUCACCGAGCAACUGCAAUCGCUGAAGAAUCAACUGCAGAAUCUUCGCAAGGCGGUGGAAUCGCAGCGCCAGAAGCAUCAACUGCAGCUGGAAUCGCACAAGAAGAUGGCCGCCGAGCUGAGUGAAAUUCUCGAUUGGCUGCACAGCCACGAGGGGGCGGCCAAGUCGCGUCCUCUGCUGGAUCGCGAUCCCGAGUCAGUGGAGCGCGAGCUGCAAAAGCACCAGGGUCUCAGCCAGGACAUUGAAUCGUAUCUCGCUAAGUUCAACAAAAUCAAUGAUGGUGUUAAAACCGAAAUCGGCAUGCCCAGUUCGCUGUUGGAAAUGCUCUCCGAGGGCCGGUCCCUGGUGGCCUCCCUGCCCCAUGAACUUGAGGAGCGCGAGAAGUAUCUGAAGAACAACCGCGACUCACGUUUGGAGUACAUGCAACUGGUGGCCAAGUUCAAUGAUUGGGUCCACGAAGCCGAGUUGCGUCUGCAGAACAGCCAGCAUGGCAUCGACUACGAGCACUUGGUUCAGGAUCUCGAUGAACACAAGAUCUUCUUUGGCAAUGAGGCCCCCAUCCGUAAUCUCGUGCACAAGCAGAUCCAGGAGGCAGCGGACAAGAUCUGGUCUUCGCUGAACAACUACGAACAGUCGGAACUUUCGGCGGAGUUGGCUCAGUUCCAAAACAAGUUGACCAACACACUGGCCAAUGCCAAAACACAGCAAAGUGAGUUGGAGAAGGAGGCGGAACGCUGGCGGGAGUACCAACAGUCCAUUGAUCGCGUCAAGGCCACCAUCGAACGCACCAAGUUCAGCGAUGAGCCUGUCCAGAAUCUGGCCGGACUUCAUUUCAACAUCCAGAAGCUGACCCACGCCAUCGGAAAUGUUCAGAGCCAAAAUAGCGACCUAACGCUAGUCAACCAGCAGGCUCAAUCGCUCAUCCGCCAGGCCGACGCCCGUAAUCGCCAGCUGAUCGAGCAGGAUAACGCCGGAUUGAACAGAUCUUGGCAGGAUCUGGUACGCAGCUUGGAGCAGCGACGCGACAACCUGCAACAGUUGGCCGAGCAUUGGGACGGCUUCGAGAACAGCCUGCACGCCUGGGAAAAGGCACUUGGUCGACUGGAGGACAAGUUCCGCAAUGUCGAUCCGACUGUAAGAUCCCGACGUCAUUUGGAAGACACGAAGAAUGCCAUUCAGGAAUUACGUGAAGAAUCAAAUCAACUUAAAUCAUCACAUAAAGAAAUCGAGGCGCUCUCUAAAUCCAUCCUCACAUUCCUUGGGGAAGUACACAAACCCUCGGCGGAGGCCAUACAGGCCAAAGUGGAUAAGUUAGUUGAACAGCAGGCCAAAUUGAACGACACUCUGCGCGAUAAGGAGCAACAGGUUAGCAAGGAUCUCGAGGAGAUCGAGCAAGUCUUCCGUCGCAUCUCGCAACUGCAGGAUAAGCUAAACGCCCUUCACGAACAACUCCAAUCGGUUCACGUCUACGACGAGCAUAUAUCGCAAACGGAACAGCUCCUGAUCACAUUAAAUAGCCAGGUGCAGCAGGCCGCCGAGGAGAGCAGAUCGCUGGUGGCCCAGACAACGGCCCAGUAUCAGGCCAAACAGAAUCAGCUGCCCAGCGACAUUGCCCAGGAGUUUACCGCCCUCGAGCUUUUGGCCGAACGUGUCCAGGUGACGAUGGAGACCAAAGAGAAGGAUUUCAAGCGGGCCAAGACCGUGCGCACCGAAUAUGUGGCCGGUGUGGACGAGAUUCAGCGCUGGCUGCUUCAGGCCGAGGUGCAGGUGCAGGAGCGAAGCCUUACACCCACACAGAUGAAGGAGCUGCUGCAGCGCAUCAACCACGAGAUCACCGCCAUCUACGAACGCUUCACGCUGGUCAAGACCAACGGCCAACUGAUCAUCGAGAAUUGUCGCAACAGCGAGGAGAAGACGCUGGUGCAGACGACCAUCGACCAGUUGGCCGCAUCGCUGGCCCAGGUUCGCGGCUGGCUGGACGAGAAGAAGCAGGCGGUGGGCGAUAGCUUGGACGCGUGGACGAGGUUCAUGAACCUCUACCAGAUCGUGAUGUCGUGGGCUGCGGAGAAGCGCACCUUCAUCGAUCAAACGAUCGAGCUGCGCACUCUGCCCGAGGCACGCAACAAACUGAACGACUAUGUGACGGCUGUGAAGAGUAUUAAACCGAUUGUGAAGCAUCUGAGCGAAAUGGACAAGGAACUGGAGCACAUUGGCCAGGUGACGACUGUGGGCGAUCUCAAGGACAAACUGCAGGAGGCCGAGGAUGCGAAGAUAUCCGUGGAAGCGGUGCUGCUAGAGAGGAACUCCCUGCUGCAAGAGGCCUGCGAGGAAUGGGACCAAUGUGAACGCAAGAUUAAGGAUAUACGCUCUUGGCACGAAAAGACGAAGCAGAGUUUGGACUCCUCGCAGCAGCAAAAGAAACCGCUGCGCGAUCAGCUCGGCUUCUGUGAGAAGACCCUGGCCGAUAUUAAUGUGCAGAAAACGAAACUGAGACUGUCCAUUGAGAAACUGGAGGUUCAUUUCCGCAACGGCAUGGGCGGUGAUCCGCGCCUCAGCGAGAAUGUCGACGAUCUGGUGCGCGUGCUCGACGGCCUGGGCGAACUUGGCAAGGCCAAGUCGCAGAGCCUCGAGCAGACGCUGGCCCAGAUCGAUGUGUACCAGCAGCAGAUGCAGACCCUGCGCCAGCGCAUCAUCCAGGAGGAGCAGCAGCUCCGACUGGUGAUGGCGCCCACGUACUUGCCGCACGAUCGCGAGCGCGUAUUAGCCGAGCAACAGGCAAUGCGAGAAUCAAUCGAUGGCAUGCAGCAAGUCUACGAUGCGACCGCUCGAAAGUCCUAUGCGCUGGAUCCCCAUUCAGUGGUGACCACUUCAUCGACUGUCUCGUUGCUUAUGAAGCCAACAGCGGCAGUGGGUCUGACCUAUGCUGAAGUGUUGUCUGGACAUGCGAGUCCGGUAAGCAGCGGUAAUGAAUCGGUAACAAAUCCCCGACAAGAACGAGACCACUCUAUUACGACAACAACAGCGACCCGGCAGGAACAAACGACCGACGAUACCCUCAACCAGACAACAAUUACAACUGUUACGACCACAACAACAACGACUUCGAGACGUACGCACGGUGAUGAAGACCAAAGCCAGGAGCGAUAUGAGUUCCAUGUCGGCGGCAGCACUGUUCCCUCAGCGAAAUACGAGCGUCAAGAACAUGUUACACCAACCAGCGACAAUACCCCAAUUUCAGUUCCUAGCACAACGACAACGUCCAACCCCAACACUCAGUUCAUCGAAAGUGAGCAAAAACACCAUUCUCAGGCCAAACCGGGUAAGAAACUUCAGCCACCGCGUCCAGAACGUCGAGGUCGUUCGCCUAGACGUCGACCUCAACAGCACCAAGCACAACCAACCCAGGAACAACAGCCCCCAAUCGAGAUUCAAUUCGAGCAGCAACAACCACAACAGGAACAACUCUUCUUGCCCAUUGAUGACCGCACUAGAUCUCGUAGCCCCAUGUGGGUACCCGGUUCGACAUCCUAUGCCGAGGUUCUGCGAGGACUGGAACUGGAGCGCCUCAAGGCCGAGCAGUUGGCCGCGCAGGCGGUUCAAGGCCGCACCGAUCUUACCAUCCAGGAUGUGGUGGAUGCCAGCGCAGAAGUUUCAGGCAGUAUUUACGUCCCCGAACCUGAGCCACAGCCCAUUAAGGAAACACAGCAGCAACAGCCACAACUAGAACAAUACAUCAGCAACACCGGUACAGAUCUUAACUAUUCUAUCCCGCAGCAGGAGCAACAGCAACAUCAGUUGCAACCACAACAGCAGCAAUCUCAGCCACAGCAACCGAAAUCCCUAAGUAACUACGAAGUGCCCAUGACAGCUGAAGAGAUUGCAGCCACCUACUUGCAGCCCGAUCCGCAGUUGUAUCAGACAAUGUACGAAAACGUAGCCGAUAGUGGUCAGUGGGGUUAUGUGACAGGAUCUGUGACAGAGUCACAGCAGCAGCAGACGACCCAACAGAACUAUUACGAGCAGAUUAUGCAGAUGCAGUAUCCCAUACAGUAUCAGCAGGUGGCUGUGCCACCAGCGACAACGCAAUAUCAGCUUUUGGCUGGCUACUAUCAGCCGGUGGCUCAGACGGAGACUUACUCCACGGUUUACCCCGCAGAGCCGAAUCAAAUCUACUAUACCCAGCAAACGGCCGAGUACUCACAGGAAUACCCACAGCAGCAGCAGCAAACCGAACCUUUGCAGGAAUAUCAGCAGGAGGCGGUAGAGCAGACCUAUCUGCUUGAUCCCUACACCACGAGUACCACUCUUACCUCGACAACAGGUAACAGCGUGCUGGAUCGCGUUGUAACCACAUUGGCAUCUAUGGUGCAACAGAGUGCAGAGCCUCUGACUACCAGCACCCAGCAAAUUCAACCGGUGGUGGUCCAGAGCGAGCCGUCAUACUAUAUUGAAGAGCAUGUUCAUAUGCUGCGACCUGUAGAACCACAAGAGUUUGAGCUGAACGAACCACGACCGGAUAUUACUUUUGGUCAAUUUGAUAUUGAUGCUAUUGAAACCAUACCUUUGGAUGAGCCACAAGUUCCACAGGCCCAAAUCGAACCUCAGCCCCAGGCUCAAUCUCAACCAAUUAGUACGUCAACCAGCUAUGUAACGGAGACUACAAUUGUCUCCGAACAGACACAGCCAACUGUGAUAAUACGGCAGACUCAGGAAAUUGUCGCAGUACCAGAUGCCCCACAGCCCACUGAAGUUCCGACCACGGUCGUGGUGCAACCCCAGCCUCAGCGGCGAAGCAACAAACAAGUCCGGCCCCAGGAUAUCAGUACAGGCAGCACUUAUGCCGAAGUCCUCUUCGGUCUCCAGCACAAAGAAAAUCCAGUUUUCCAGCCAUCCAGUCAGCAACAGACCCCAGUGCGCCUCACGUCCUCGCCGCCUAUGCAACGCAAGCUGGAACAGGCGACAAUCAAUACUGCUACCUUUACUAAUAAAACUAAACAGCAAGCCAGACAAGUCGAGAAAUCACCAACUUGGGAACGCAAGAUCGACAAUGUUGAGUCGCGUACAUCGCGAACAAAGAGAGUAAGACACGAAACUCAACCGGAACCAUUACCGAUUAAACAAAGUACUAGGAAAGACGGUAAGACGGGUAAGAAAUCCCAGUCUCCCGAUAGAAAUGGUGUCGCUUUGGUGGAGAGGAAACCACUUGUUGAUGCGCCAACACCCAAGACGGAUGUUGAAGAGACUCCCAAACCUGAGCCAAAGCCAAGAAAAUCAAAGAAGCCGAAAAAGCCAAGCGAUAGUGAGGCCGCAACAAGUGUAGAGCGAAAAGAUGAAUCAGCUGCCGAUGUUUUAGUGUCAUCUAAAAAGGACAAGAAAUUGGCCCACUCUAUUUUGGUCGAGACAACUGUGAUAAAAACAAUAGUUGAACCUGCUGUUGAGAUUAUUUUGCCAGUGGAAUCAGCUCAAGCUCCCUCAAAGAAAGAUAAAAAACAAAAACCCGUCAAGGAAAGGGACACUACAAAGUCAGAAGAAAAGGUUCUUAAGGUGCCACCAGUUGCUCCAACCAGAAAGGAUAAGAAACAAGCCAAGAUGGUGGCGCAGGAACCCGUGCCAACCAAGUCUAUUGAGCCGACGGUAAAGGCAACUGACAAGCCAGCCAUAACUGAAUCGAAGUCAGAGAGUGUGGUUAAAACUGUUGUAGAGAAAGUUGUUGUCAACAACAAGUCGGUCGAACCUGUCAUGGAAAAGGAAAUUGUCAAAGCUGCUCUCAUAGACGAGGAAGAACCCGUAAAAUCUCUAGCUCCAGCUGUGCCUUCAAAGAAGGAGAAGAAAAAGACCAAGACAGUUGUUGAGCAGCUUGAGCCUGUCACUAAAAAAGAGAUUGUUCAACCAUCUGUUAUUGAAAUUGUAGAACCUCAGGCUACUACUAUUAGUUCCAAAAAGGAAAAGAAACAGUCGGAAACUAUUGUGGAAACUUUACUUAUUAGUACACAAAACGUGGAACCAGUAGUUCAAACAGAAGUUCCUACACCAGUGCCCUCCAAGAAGGACAAAAAGCGUUCUAAGAAGGAACCAAAACAACCCUUGGAAACUAAUACAACUAAAAUACCAGAAACAGUUACAGUUCAAUGCACCACAGUGACUGAGCCUAUAGUUGCUACUCAGGACCUACUUGAAAAUCCUAUGCCGUUAUCGGAACCAAUUACUGAAAAAACUUUAAAACAGGAACCAAUAACUGAACUUCCAAUUGAAAAUGUUUCCUCAGAUGUUGUAAUUGCCACCGAAAAUCUAAUAAAAUUAACAAAGGACACACCAUCGUCCAUCGAGACCGCCCCCCUUGAUAUUCAGGAGACCAUUAUCGAAGGCGAGCCUACGGUCACUACAUCAAGUAAUACAAUCUCAACGGAAAGUGGCACUACAACCAUCACAACGCGUACAAUAACAAAGCACAUAACCAAGCGCAUUGUAAAACGUAUUGUAGAUGGCAAAGAGGAGAUUGUCGAAGAAGAUGUCAUUGAUGAUUUACCUGAAGAGAACAUAUCCGUUGAGCAAUAUAACCUUCCAAAAAUAGAAACCACCACCAAGGAGGUGCCCAUUGAUGUAACUGGAUUCUCUACAACACAGGACACAAUCGUACAGCAAGGAUCGAUAACAAAGACAGUUAUAACCAAGACAAAGCGCAUUCUGAAGCGGAUAACUGAAGACGGAGAGGAAAUAGUAGAGGAGGUCUUUGAAGAUGAACCUGAGGUUGAGCGCGAUGUGACUCUGCUACCUACUACAGUGAUAACUUCAUUAGAAGUCAUCGAGGAUGCUGCCCAAAAUGUGGUUGAUGAAGUUUUAAAACAAGCUGAGGAAAUAACGCAACACGAAUCGUCAAAACUGAGCCAGGAGAAAACCAAGCCCUCGAUUGAAGUAGAACUUAAACCAAGUCCUGCUGAACCUGAAGUAACCAAUAAGAAGGAGAUACAGAAGCCGCAAAAGCCUUCAAGAAAAGAUAAGAAGAAACAAAAGAAGUUGGAAAACGAGCAAGACGCUCAUAUUGAGCAGAAGGUUAUCAAAAUCGUCGAACCUCAAAUAGAAAUCACAGACCCCCUGAACGUACCAAGUGCAAUUGCUACGGAUAAUAAUCAAAAUCUGUCGUCUGAGCAAACCAUCGUCAGCGAUGACAACGGUCUCAUCAAGACAACAGUUAUCCGUACAACCAAAAUCGUAAAGAAAAUCAGCAGCAGUCAGCAACAAAGUCAGGAGAUGACUUCUUCGACGCAUUCAGAUGCAGCUUCAUCUUUGGGCUCUUACGAUUUGGCAGACGAAGCAACCGAAUCACCAAAGAUUGAGAAAUCGGAAACGAAUAGCCGAGAAAUCAGCGAUGAGGGCGUAGUCAAAACUACUAAAACCACAACCACUAAAACCAUAAAAUCUCCCAAAGUGGAAGAAGUACACGUGGAACCAUCAUUAGAUUUAACAACCGGCACGGUUGUUUCACCUGCAGUUGUUGAAGAGCCUGAGGAAGGUGGUGUAAUCAAAACAACUAUUGUGCGUACCACGAAGAUUGUCAAAAAGAUUUCUCAAGAGAGCGAAAAUAUCAGCGAGACAAGCAGUGAAGCCGAGAUUUCUCUACCGAUUGUCGAGUCAGUCAUGCAAGACGCUCCACUUGUCGCAGAAUCUGUAACUACUGAAUCAAACAGCGAGGGCAUAACUAAGACCACGACAACACGGACAACUAAGGCUACUGCUAAGAUUGCGGGCGGAAGUGAAGAUGAAGUUUUGAACUUACCGGAUGUUCCUGUGGCCCCUCUUGAAUUGGAGGAUGAAGCUGUUGAACUUCCAGAAGUCCCGAAAGCCCCUAUUGACGUGCAAGAUAAGCUUAUGAUAGCCGCAACUACUAUUGAUGUUCCAAACUUCACCCAAAUGAAAUCUACAGUUAUGGACUUUAUUACUGCAGAGCAAUAUGAGGCGAAAGAAUCGACUAAGUCAGAAGAAAUUGUUUCUCAGAUUCCACUUUACGAGGAACAUAAGGACCUGGCUCCAGCUGAAGAAUUUACGGUGUCGGAACCUGAAUCUUCCGGGGUUGGUGAUGUUGUCAAGACUACAAUUGUUCGAACAACUAAAAUUGUCAAGAAGCUAUCGCAAAACGCGGAACAAAGUGUUGGUGUAAUCGUUGACGCUCCCAAUUCGGAGGACACGGAAUCAAAACCCGUGGAGCCAGUUGAGGACGCUAGUGUUGGUGUUACUAAAACAACAACCGUGCGUACUACGAAGAUCGUAAAGAAGCUUAAUGAAGAUGGGGAAACAACCACAGAGGAAACCAGCACCGCCAGUGAACCAGUGACAGUGCGAGAAGCUUCGCCAACUAAUUCGGAGGUCCCGAGCGAAACUUCAACCACAUCUAGUCAAAUUGAUGGUGCAAUUAUCAAGACUACGACGAUUCGAACAAUGCGGAUCACAAAGAGGGUAGCCAAUGACGGACGCAUUCUGCUCACUGAGAGCGAGACACCGGGUGAUGUAAUUGUAACUUCAAGCAUUGAGAUGCCCGACCAGAGACCAAUUAGUCCGGUGGUUUCCUCGCGCUCAACCUCUCCCGCUGUGACGCCUAGUUCCGAACUGAAGUUAACUAAUCUGGGUUCGAACAUACAGUUAGGAUUAAAGGACAGCCCAACUGGGGUUAAGGUUAUUGGCAUCGAAACAAACACCGUCGAGUUGCCGAAGUUUGGUGAACAGCAAUAUGCUGAAAACAAAACUAAUGGGUCACUUAACAAGACAGAAAGUAUUACCACUACUAUGACGACUACCAAGAACACGAUACUCACGACUACCCAACGACGAAGCUUCGAAACCGAAGACGGCACAAAUGUUCUUUUCGUGGGAGAAGGCAUUGACGGUGCAUAUCCACCGGGCACAGUGCAAAAAAUUUCCCUAAUUACUCAUGAAGAGAAACUGAAGACACCUAUCGUGAAAAUGCAUCUUGAUUUUCCGGAGGUUAGUCUUCGGGUGACAGAGACUGUGACUGAAAAUGUGGAAUCACUGCAAGAAACAGCCGACAGUAGUGAGAAUACCGUGAUUGACGUAGUCGAAUUGUCGAAAUCUGAGGUCCCAGAAGCAGUAGAAUCCAAAUCUGAUCCCAUUCCCCCGCUAGUAGUAAAACCUACCCCAUCAGAUGAACUUACAAAGAUCCCAGAAACAACCCCCUCAGUUGUCCCUAAAAGUAGCCCAGAAGAACUAAGCCCUGAAGAACAAAAGCUGUUUGAAGAUAUUCAGAAAAAACUUUCCAAGAAAGAUAAGAAGAAGCGUCCCGCUAUUCCGGAAGAGUUUAUUAAGCAAGAAACGGUUCAGGUCAUUUUAGAGGAAAGCAAAGGUAAUGAAAAUAGUAAUAUCCAUGGUAUGGUUGAAAAACUAACCGAUGUAGUUGAACCCUUAGUUAAGCAAGACACGUUGGCUUUCAAUGUCUCGCAGGAAGAGACCCUGAUCUCUAGUGUCGGUUCAAUUAAGCAAUCUAAGGAAGACGUUUAUUAUCAAGAGUCCAUAGUAGAAGUUGUACCAGUUACCGAAUCUUCUCAAGCAACUGAAGAGGUCACUGUUAAUAUUCAACCAAGACCUCUUCUGGAAUCUGAGAAUUUUGUAAACAACAUUACUCAAGACGAGUCUUUAAUCUCCACCGUCAAGUUGAUCGAGCAAACAAAGUCAGACAUCCUUUAUCAUGAGUCUUUAGUUGUCCCCGUUCAUCCUCAAGAAGAAGUGCCAGUCGAAAUUCCAUGUGAAACUCAGUCAAGUUCUGCUCCUACUAAUAUUGCUAAUCAAAUUGUUUCUGCCCAACCAAGCGCAUUAAUUGCUGAAGCAUUUGUGGCUAACCCGGAACUAAUUACGCAAGAACUCGACGAACUGCUUCAAUCGCUAUCGAGCGUCGAGGAUGGCAUCGCAAAUAUGAACCAGAGCAGCCUAGAGGGCAUGCUACAAGGAUUAAAGCUAAUCCAGAGCAAUCUCGAAGUACACGAAAGGGACGCCAUCGCGUUGAAGACCCAGGCCAAGACGCUGUCCACGGAUCCAGCAACCGAACGCUUGCUCAACGAAACCGUGGAUCGCAUUGAUUUGCUACUGCGUCGCACUCAGCAAGGCAUCACCAUGAUAGCGAAUGCUAUGCAUGGCCAGAAGAGGCGUCAGCAGGAGAUUGACGAGUACCAGCAACAUCUCCUCGAACUGGAGCGCUGGAUCAUCGAGGUAUCCGCCGAGCUUGCUUCGUUUGAACCUACCUCAGAUAGCAGCACCGAUGAACAAGUGCUUAAGUCGCAGGUGGAGCGGAGCCAGCAGCUGCUGCGUACCCUCAAGGAACGCCAGCAGUCUAUGGAGGAUCUGGUGGACCAGACCCGUCAACUGCAAUCCCAACCCGAUGUCGCUCCCCUCGCUGACACGCUGAUGGAACAGCUCCAAAGCAUCAUAACCAUUCUGCGGGAGCAGGUCACUGUGGCCACCAAGCGCAUCUUUACCAUCGAAAAGCGCAUUGUGGAUUUGCGGAAGGCUAAGAGCGAGGAAGCGCAGCGCCAGCGUGUGCUUGCUGAUUCCCUAAUUAAACCACCAACGGAAGUUGCAGCCGCUCCAGAGCCGCCUGAAUCCCUUGAGUCCAACGAGAAUACCAUUGACUCUAGUUCCAUGCCCGAAGAGGAGAUCAAGCCAAGUGGAGUGUAUGUGGAAACACAGACAUCUUUCAGUCUGCAUCAGCAGCAGCCAGUUCAGGUGGUAACCACCACCACAGUGGAGGCACAGACCAGUUUCAAGGAGCCGCCAGCUGUGGAAACAGCUGAGGUGGCUCUGCAGACGCAGAAGGAGCGUUCGCCCACCGAAAACAUUAUGGUGACGCAAACUGUGCAGCAUGGCCAGGAGACCAUUCAGAUCGACACCACUCGCAACAAGGAUGUGCCCGAUGAGCCCGAAGAUGUGCAGAUUGAGGCUCGCUACCAUCAACGACCUCAGGGCGAUGUAGAUCGUGCCACCGAACUGACUAAGAAUGUCCCGCAAGCAUUCGAAACCACAUUCGUGGAGCCAGAUGAGACGACCACCGAAGUGAUUGUGGGACCCGAUGGCACCAAGCACAUUGUGCUGAAGAAAGUCACCCGAACACGCCAGCAGAUUGUGCAACAGCAGCAGAUCAGCUCAAUUGAGACAAUCAGCGACUCAGAUGGUAACAUUGAGGUGCACUCCACGGGUCAGAUAAAUCUGGAGAAUGUGCACACAACGGACACCAAGGCAGAUCCCGAUGAGGGCAGUGUCCAUACCGUGAUCACACAGCAAACGCGUGGUGCAGUUGUGGAUUCCUCACAACCCGAGGGAGUGAUCCUUGAGGAGUUCGAAACCGAGCCCACGAUUGAGACGUACGAAGAAGUGAUUGAGCCAGGAUCAUCCCAAGCGCAACUGAUUCCCAUGCAGACCGGCGAUGUGCAAACCCAAGGCACCAUUCGAGCUGUAGUCCAACAGGUGACCCGUAAGGUGAUCCGUAAGACGCGGAAGAUCAUUAAGCGUGUGGUUAUCAUUGACGGAAAGGAACACAUCACCGAGGAAGUGAUCGAGGAGCCAGAGGAGGUCGAAAUCACCGAGGAAGAGACCGCGCCGCAUAUAAACGUGAAUAUUGUGCGAACCGUUGAUGGAAAAGUGGUUACCGAGGAGGAGUUCCAGCGCUUGAUGCAGGAGCCCGGCGUCCUAAUCGAAGAAGUUGCCACGGAUCUGUGCAAGCCAACAGCAGCAGAACCGCAGCAACAGGUAUUUGAUAUUGAGUCUACCCAAGUCACCACCACCACAAGAACAACAACAGCAACCACACAAGAACAGCCAGAACAACCAGAACAACAGACACAACCAACAACAGAAACGACUAAAGAAGCACCUGUAGAGUUGCCAGCACCUCAAGUAGAUGAUGUUGAACAACCCGUAGAAGUUGCCACUACCAGUCCCGUUCAUGUUCCAACAGCAGCGGAUGUAGUUGAACCCAAAGACUUCCCAACUCCAGCCACUUCUCCAGUAGAUGACCAAACAGUGGUUGAAGAUAUCAACGAAAUUUGGCCACUGGAACAUCAUCUGAAACCCACCAACAUUGACUUCUCCCAGCACAUCGAAGAAUUGGCAGCACCAGCAACAACAACAACCGUAGAGACUGAAGCCUCCAUGCCAGUAGAGGAAAUUUGGCCAACCAGCCCAGAGACCGGAAACUCAUUGACUCUGGAGCACUAUGAAUUCGAGCCACAAUCCCCUUGUGAAGAGAGCAAAAAAUCUGAUGGUGUUAAACCACAAGAAGAGACUGAAAUUAAGCCAGAGCCCAUUACCACUGGAAGUAUUACCAUAACCAAGACAACAACCACCAUCACAAGCUCCACAGAACUGCCUCAGGAAACUGUUGUUCAGGCUUUACCUGCAGAUGAGCUUCAGCCUUCGCUAUCAAAAACCAAAACUGACAUUCAGAGUUUCCUGGAAGCCGAACAGACUCUGUCCGCAGCUCUGAAGGAGCAAUCUUCAACGCCUGUUGAAAGUUCAAUUGUUGAAGUUGUUCAGACUCAGCCUGAGGAAAGUCCACUUGAAGAGCAAAAGGAAACUGUUAUUGUAGAGGUUUCAACCACAGAAACUGAGGAAAAGCAACUGUCAGAGCCUAUUCCAAUUGAGGAAAAACCAGUGCCCGUAGAGCCCCAACAAAAAUCGGAGGAAGUGACAGCCAUUGAGAAGACUGAACAAAAACCUGGAGAACCCAACACUGAAGAACAAACAGCUCCUGUUCAAAUCGACCUGCGUGCCGCCACUCAACUUUUCAUCUCAGGAGAGGCUGCGGCAUCAACGGCUCCACAGAAAACCUUCAAAAUUACGGCUCCCUCCUUGGAGGACAAUGGCGCUGGUGUGCUGAAGGUUGUUCUGGGCAAGGAAGAGGAAUCCGCAGCUCCAACCACCGGCAAGGUUAGCAUGACCAUCAUUGAGACCGCCGCUGCUCCCGUCGCCGACGCCAAGCGGCGUCGAAAGAAAAAGAAGAGAAGAGAUACGAAGCACGAGGAGGAGGAGAUUGAGCAAGAACAAGAGACUGAACCGGAGGCAGUAGUGGCCGUUAAGGAGCCUGAGAUUGACUCAGAUCUGCCCGUUUCUCCGGAGGAUUCACCACGCGAUACUGUGCGUCAUGAGUCCAUUGUCGAGAUCAGUCCCGAUAGUGAUUUGUCCAGCAUUGAGAUUGACUCAAAGGUCAAGGUGGUGGAAGAUGCCGUCGUCUCAUCGCCUUCGGAGUCGCCAAGGACACCAAUGGUUGAGUUGGUCAUUCCCACAGAGGUUGUGGAACUUGCUUUGGUGGAGGAUGAGGAACAGCAGACGACACCCCGCGUGCCCUCGCCUAUUGAAAAAACCGAAGUUGAGCUGGAUAUCAAAUCCGUGCAGACUUCUCCACAGCAUCAGCCGACACUAGACGAGACCGCAGUGCAGACGAGUCUGGAGGUGCAGCCGGAUAACCAGGAGAACGAAUCACAAACCCUGGUUGUUGAGAUUACGGAGACAGAGGCUCAAACCACUCCGCGAAGCGAGGACAAACCAGUGGCAGUGGAGUUAUCCACCACCGAGAUUCAAACCGAUGUGAGCGGUCAGCCAGCUGAAACUGUUGAGAUUUCAAGUCAAACCACAGUGACCACCACCAUUGAAAAGGAACUGCAGACCACGCCAAAGGAUUCGCCCCGUGCACCAGAGCCAGGCAGCAGUGAUGUGGUGGAAUCUCUGGUCCAUGAUUUGGUUAAGGACAUGACCACCGAUCUGCCAGUGCGUACUAGCGAGCAAUCUACUGUCACCGAAACCACCACAACCACGGAGACCCAUAUGCAGACCAAUACUCCGGAGCCAAGUGAACACAUUGAAAUUAUCAAACCGGAGACUGUCCAUGAGGAGACUUCAACAGUGGAACUUGUACAAGUCAUCGAUGGUGAGAUGCAAACUACUCCCCGCGGAGAUCAGCAACCUGCAUCCCUGGAUGACAAUUCUCUGACAGCCACUUCGAUAUCCGUUUCGGAACCUUACGAACUGGAGGUCAAGACAACAGUGGCCAUUCCCGCUGAUUCUGACACAUCUGUGGCUGAGCCGACGGUCUAUGAAUACACACAGACCAUGCAGCUGCCCAAGCAGGACAAGAAGUCCAAGAAAGACAAGAAAAAGAAGCAGAAGAAUCAGCCGGAAGAGGAGCAGCAGCUGCCAGAGGAGCCGCAGAUCAGUGUGACAGUGGAAAUCGCACCCGAAUUGCUCUCAGAAUCGGGUAUUGUGGUGUCCACCAAUCAGCAGAUUGAAGAAGUGCCUCAUGUAACACCCGUUGUGGAAACUCCAAUCGAGCCAGAGGAGGAGGGAGCACCCAAAGCCCAUAGAGUGCAACUGCAAAUCACCAAGACCACUGUCUACGAUGAGUAUCCCGACCUGCCGGUGCAUAUCACCGAGCAGAAUAAGGUUUUGAUUGCAUCUCAGCAAAGCAAACGUUCCGGGGCGGGACUCACAUCCUCGGCGGUGACCAUCGAAGAAGUUGCCUCACCCACGGAGGAGCUGGUGGUGCCCAUCACCCCUGGACCGGACAAUCUCAGUGGCGAACCCAGCAACAUUUGGUUCAGUGUCACCACCAGUGUGGACAAGACACCCAUUGAGCUCUCCCAGGCUUUGAUUAUGAGCGAGAGUUUGCAGCACUAUCCGGGACAACAACAGCAGCAGCAGCCCAUCCUUAUUUCCACCAAGGAAGCCAUUGGCGAUCGCAUCAAGCAGCUUAAGCAGGCAUCCCCACAGCAAGCCACUCCCCUGAGCAAUGUCCUGCAUUUGGCCACUCUAUCCGAACAGAUCAAGGAACUGCCGACGGAGCAGCGCAUCUUAGAAGUCAACGAGGGUCUACAGGAUCUUGAUGCUGCCCUUAAGAAAGGUGAUAAAACAGUUAUCCAAACCACUGUAAUCACGGUUAUUGAGAAGGUUUCAACUUGGUUGGAAACCAUCGAGUAUCGUGUGUACCUCAUCCGACAGAACUCCAAUGAAGGUCCCUCCGAGGAGAAGCUGGACAACUAUAACCAACUUAACGAAGAGCUGAGCACCAUCAAGCAGAAUGUCAACCAAUUGGAGCGACAAUUGUCCAAGGCGGAACCGGAGUUGUUGCAAUGCGUGGACAGCCUGAAGGAGCAUGUGGAUGCAGUGGAGCAGGUUACGCAACAGAACCAAGUGCAGGAUAGCAAUGAUCUGGACAAGUGGCACAGCUUCGAAGUACUUUUGUACAAUGUGACCUCCGUUUUGGGCCAGCUCCAGCAGAGUUAUGACCUGCUGAUCAAUCAGGAGUAUCCCCUGUCCGCCAAACUUGCCCAGCUGGAUGAACUGGAGCAGCAACAUGAGGCCGCUCAGCAGCAACUUUCGCAGCUAUGCCAAAAUGCCCGUGCCUUCCAGCGCGAUUUCCCAGGCAAAAAGAUGCCGCAGAGUGUGCACAACGCCUUCGAGGCCAGCAAGAACAUUGGCAACAAUAUUCAGGCAGAGCGAGAGCGUGUUCUACAACUGCAAUCGCUGGCUGAGGAGUACGAGCAGACUCUGAAGGAGUUUACCAAAAUCACCGUGUUGGCUGACAAACUGGUUGAGAGUCCCAUAGUUUCCAGUUCCCUCGAGCAGCUGAACAACGAGGUGCAGAAACAGAGGAAGUUCUUUGUGAAUCUCAGCCACUGUCGCGCCAUGUUGGAAUCCCUGGAGGAGAAUAUCGAUAGUGAGACGCGCGAGAAGCACUCGGAGUUGCACAAGGAACUGUACAACAGGGCCACUAGUCUGCUGGAUAAGGCCUCCGAAAGGUCUUCCAAAUUGGUGCAGGCUGCCUCCCGCUGGACUGUUUUGGAGAAGGGAAUGCGUGAUGAACUGCAGUGGUUGCAGGUGGCUCAACAGCGAGUGCCUGACCUAUCUGCUGUUACCUCCGCCGACUACGAUCAGUACACCACCCUCUAUCAAUCCCUGAGCAACGAUAUCUCACAUCACUAUGUGAAGAUGACGCAGCUGUCGGGCAUCGCCAACAAAUUGCAGACUUUGGUGCAGGCCCCCAAUCUUGUAGAGGAAACCAAUGAGGCUUUGAUAGUGCUACUCAAACUUCGUGAGGAGGUGGCCUUGUAUCUCCAUCGCCUGCUGGUCUUCAAGGAAAUCUGGGUGCAGUACGAACAGCAAACGGACAAACUGGAGGCCUUUGUACGCGAAGCGGAGCAGGAAUUGAGACACAUACAGAUUCCAUCGCAGCCCACGCAACAGCCCAUCGAGCAUAUGCGUCAAUUCUGGGAGAUUAAGGCCCGCUUUGAGCUGCACAACAAUGUGCGGACCGAUACGGGACUGAGUUUCGAGAAAUCCCUGCAGGUCAUCCCAUUGGCCGACGAGAUGCUCCAGCGGCAGUUCCAUGCCCAAUUGGAGGAUCGCUGGCAGGCAGUGGCCCAGGCCAUCGAAUUGAUUCAGCACAACAUUGUGGAGUGCCUGUCGUCGGAGGAUGUGCCCGCGGACGAGAAACUCAAGAUGGUGGAGCGAGAGCUGCAGGAGAUCUACCUGACCAUGACUAGCAUGAAGGGUGUGAUCAAGAACGAGGAGGAACUGUGUCUGUAUAUCGAAAGAGUCCAGGUGCUGCGCACUCGCGUGGGAUUCAUUGGCAACGAGCUGGGCAGGAUUGGCCUGCAAGAGCCCGCCAUUGAGCCCGAAAAAGUGGGUGAACUGUUUGCCCUCUCGCACAAGAUUAGCACCCAGAUCGCAGAGGAGCUGGAGGGUGCCUCCGUGCUGCGAGACCAACUGCAGGCCAUCCAGGAGGGCAUCAGCAAUCAGCGCAAACACCAGGCCAAGAUCUCCGUCAUUCUGGACGAAUGCGAGGCAGCCGAGCGCCAGGGAGCAGAUGUUCUCGAAAAAGCCGUCGCCGAUUGCCAGGGCGCCGGUGAGGAGCUUGUGACCAGCUGGCAGGAGAUUAUGCGCAUCCGCCAGAUGCUCCACACGCUGCCCAUGCGCCUCAAGAUGUCCGUAUCGCCGGUGAAGUUGGAGCGCGAUAUCUCUCAACUGCAGGACGACCACGCCUUCUUGGAAAGCAAGUGCACCAAUAUUAUGGCCAUCCUGCGGAAUCGUCUGGCCGUCUGGCUGCGCUACGAACGCCAACUGGAGCUGGUCCACGGAUCCGUCCAGGAGACCGAUUUCAUGAUGGAACUAAUCCGGGUGCACGGCCAAGUGGACUACGAGCGCCUGCGAAAGGCCACGGAACGUUUGGAGGGACUUGCUGGCGAUCUACAUAACCGCGAGCAACUGAUCGAUGAGUUGAAGGGUGCCGCCAAACCGCUGAUCGAGAGCUGUGAUGUCCAGAUUGUCGAGCAGAUCGAGUCGGCCGUUCAGGAUGCGGUAGUCGCCUGGAAUGAUACCAGCGAGAAUCUGCAGCAGCUGCGUACCCGCUACCAAAGGGCCGUCGAAUUGUGGGACAAGUACCGCAACGCCUCUGCGGCAGUCAAGAAUUCCAUUGACCAGCAAAUGGAUACGGUCAAGUCGCUGGAGCAGCCCCUGGAUGCCCUGCAACACGCCAAGGUAUGCCAAGACAACCUGACGAGCCAGAAUGAUAGAAUCUUGGAGCUGCGUGACAUUGUGGCCAAGAUCGCCGCCGAUGUGGGCCUGGAUGCCUCGUCCCUGAUGCAGGGCGAACUGGAUGCACUGGGUCAGCGGCUAGCCGAAUGCAAGGAUGCCAUCACCACGCUGGCCAACGUGGCCGAAACGCAGGACAAGGAGCGCCGCGAACUGGACAAAGAGGUGACACUGGCCAAGGCUUAUUUCAACAAUGUGCAGCAGGACAUUUCCCGCGAAGCACCACAAAAUCCCAAAGAAAGCGAGGAGCAGCUGGCCGCUUUGCGUGCCCAUCUCCAGACGUUGGCCAGAACGGAGGAGCAACUGCGUCAGCUGAAGGAGCGUCAUCAGAGGAGUAACGAGGUGGCACCAUCACUGCCCGGGGCCGUCGAUGAUGAUGGCGUCCUGGAGGUUCUGGCCCUGUGGCAGAAGAUAUUCCAGGACACCUUCCAGGAGUACCAUCGCCUGUCCACGCGACUCGCCCGCAGCCAAAACAGUUCGGAAGCCCUGCGCCUGUGGAGACAGUACCUCCAGCAUGUCCAGUCCUUCCUCUCCUGCGCCAUACCCGAGGACUACAGCAGUCUGCGGGAGCAGCAGCAGCUGUGUGCCAUCCACCAGAACCUGCUCAUCUCGCAGCAGAGUGUGCUGUCCGAGACGCCACUGGAAUCGGAGCUAUCGGAGCAGUACAAGGCUCUGACCAAUUUGCACAAUGAAACACUGUCGCGGAUCAUGCAGCGCAAUGGUGAACUGGAGCGGCGAGUGAGUGGCUGGAAUGCGUAUCGCCAGCAGCUGGCGGCUCUUUUGGACUGGCUGCGUCAACGCGAGGCGGAGCGCAAUGCGCUGCAACUGCGCUACAUUCACCUGAAGCGAGUGCCGCAUCUGAAGAACCGCCUGGACGCCAUGAUCCAGCAACUGGACCAGGGCGAACAGCAGAGCAAGGCGUUGCAGGAGCAGCAGCAGGAGCUGGCCCGGCACUGUGACGAUGCCCUGGCCACCGCCAUGCGCAUGGAACAGGCCAGCAUUGGCCAGAGGAUCAGCAAUCUGCGGGCAGCCCUAAAGACCUGGCAGGGAUUCCUGCAGCGGGUGACCCAGCUGUCGGAGACCUACGAGCAGCGAGUGCACCAGCUGCAGCGGGAAUUUGGCUUAGCCCAAAACCUGCUGGAUGCCAAUCCCAGUGAAUCGCUGCCCACUCAACCGGCUGCCAUUGAACAACUACUGGGAGCCCUGCGGUCACAGCGGGUCCAACUGGGUGCCCAAGUGCCGGCCCUGGAGAGUCUCACGGUCACGCAAGAGGAGCUCAAGGAGUGCAUCAGUCCGCACGACAUGAAGACCAUUCGCCAACGGAACUGGCUGCUCUGGCAGCAGCAUGCCGAUCUGGACUACCAGCUGGCCAACUUGAUCAACUCCAUUGAGGAGCGACUUUCCCUGCUGUCCAACUACCAAAUCAGAUACGAUCGGAUAUCCCAGUGGCUGCAGCGUUUGGAGCAGCGUGUGGACAAGGAUGCGGAUGUCACGGCGAUGACGAAUCCCGAACAGGCAGCCAAGCAGCUGGAGCAGCAAGUAAACUCUGAGCUGCAACUGAGGGACAAGGAAAGGGAGUGGCUACUCUCGACCAGCCGCGAACUGCUCACCCUGUACUCGGAGCCAGAAGUUCGGGCCCAGGUGCAACAGCAAAGUGAUGCCCUCAUCGACCGCUGGCAGCGACUCAAGUAUUUGGCCAAGCAAAAGGCCACCAAGAUUGGGGAGCUCAAGAUGACGCUACUCCGUUUGGAGGAGCGCAUUGCCCUGAUUCGCGCCUGGCUUUUCGAAGUGGAGUCCCAGCUGGACAAGCCACUGAACUUUGAGAGCUACACCCCGAAUGUGAUCGAGGCCAAGCUGAAGGAGCAUGAGCAGAUACAGCGCUCCAUCGAACACCACAGCAGCAAUGUGGGUGAGGUCUUGAAUCUCGUGGAGAUGCUACUCAACGAUGCCGAUAGCUGGCGCACCCAGGUGAACACUUCUGGUCUGGCUGCCUCCGCUCAAAAUCUAGAGCAGCGCUGGAAGAACGUGUGCAGUCAGUCGGCGGAGCGAAAGGCCCGCAUCCUGACCAUUUGGAACCUACUGCAGCAGCUCAUCAAACUCACAGCCGAGCACAAGAACUGGUUGGGCAAGCAGGAGAGCCAAAUAGCUGGCUAUGAGCGGGAUCAGAAGUCGCACAGCAAGCACAAGCUGGAGGAGCGACAGAAGGAGCUGAGGGCCAAGCUGGAGGAGCUGGAAAGCCAGUCGGUGAACCUGCGCCAACUGGAGCAGAUCUAUGCCAAACUGACCAUGAGUGCCGGCGUCGAGCCGGAGAACACAAAGCUAACCCUGCCCACCAAGGUGAUGGUGAGCAUGUGGCGCCAGUUGACGCCACGCUGUCAUGCCCUCUUGGAUGCCAUCGACAAGGAUGCCAAGCUGAUGCGCGAAUUCAACAAUGCCCAGCUGGAGGCCACCAACUCCCUGAAUGCCAUACAAAAAGCCCUGGAACAACUGCCAAGUGCGGAGGAUCAGCAGAGCUCGAAGGCGGAGCCAAAGGCAGUGCUGCAACGACUGGAGAGCCUGGAGAAGAAGCUGCACGACGCCCAGCAGCAUGUCCAGCAGGCGGAUAGCCUGGCCCAGGAGGCCAAGUCGAGGACCAAGCAGCAGCCACAACUGAAACAAUUGCUGGAACUGGUCACAGCCUAUACCACCCUUUGGCAAACGGUGCAAACCCGCAUUGUGACCCUCAAAACCAGUUGGGUGACCAGAGCAGCGCAGGCUGCCCUUCCAGUCAUUAAUGAAGCCGCCAAUGCCGCCGUGCAGGUGAAUACCCUUUCGCAAAGGAAACUCCGGCAGGCCCAGCAGAUGCAGCGGGAAACCUCCAUCACGGCCAAGGAUGCCUACAUCAUGGAGCUGCAGACGGCCAUCUCGGAGUGCCAGAACAAUCUGGACGAGCUGCAGCGCACGGUGGUGGACAAAACUCGGAAGCCGGGUCCCCAGAAGAUAGCCAAGCUGCUGGGCAACGCACAGUCCUCCACCGAGCUGGUCAAGCAUCUCAGCCAGCUGCUGCUCACCGAGUGCCAGGCGGACAACCAAUCUGCCCAGGUGGACACCGUGGCAGAGCUCACGUUGCGCUUCGAUACCCUGCAGUCGCAGUGGAAGGCGCGACAGCAGCACGAUCAAAAUGCAAGCGAGGUCGGCCGGCUAACGUGUCCGCUCUGCACACAGCGAAACUGGCAGCAGAUCGACAACGAUCUGUGGCGCCUGGAGCAGUGGCUGCAGUUCGCCGAGAGCACCCAGAAGGCCCAGUCAACGCCGCCCUCGAAUAUCGAGCUGCUCGAGGAUGUCACGCAGGAUCAUCGCGAGUUCCUUCUGGAUCUGGAGAGUCACAAGUCCAUUAUCUCAUCGCUGAAUGUGGUCGGUGAUCACUUGGCCACGCACACUUUGGACACGGAAAAGGCAAGGCAAUUGCGAUCCCGCUUAGAAGCCGAUAAUGAGCGCUGGAACAAUGUGUGCAUCAAUGCCACCAAAUGGCAGGGUCUGCUGCAAACAGCACUCAUGGGCAAUAGCGAAUUCCAUCAGACCAUCGAUGAGUUGGUGGACUGGCUGCAGCGCACCGAGCAGAACAUCAAGGCAUCCGAGCCCGUCGAUCUCACCGAGGAGCGUUCCGUGCUGGACACCAAGUUCAGAAAGUUCAAGGAUCUGCGAGCCGAGCUGGAGCGAUGCGAACCGCGGGUGGUGAGCCUGCAGGACGCCGCCGAUCAGCUUCUGCGUUCGGUUGAGGGCUCCGAGGAGCAAUCCCAGCACACGUACGAGAGAACCCUUUCCAGAUUGACCGAUCUCCGGCUGCGUCUCCAAUCCCUGCGCCGUCUAUCCGGCAUCUACAUUGUCAAAUUGGGAGCCGUCCUCGGUUACGAGGGCGACAAUCUUGGCGUGCCACUGCACAUGUUGUCGAGUGAGCUUUUGGAUAAUACUACAUUAUCAACCUCUUCUAUGCAGGCCGCCGCACCCAACACAGAAAAUGCAAACAACAGCGAUGGCGAUGCUGUCGAUGGCGAUGUCAUCAAUACCACGGUUCUGGCGCGCGGUGCUCGAUUCCUAGGCCGCGUUGCACGUGCCUCCCUGCCCAUUCAGGCGCUCAUGCUGCUGCUUUUAGGUGUGGCCACUCUGGUGCCCCACGGUGAGGACUACACCUGUAUGUUCUCCAACACCUUUGCGCGCAGCCUGGAGCCCAUGUUGUCGUAUCCCCACGGACCGCCGCCCACGUAAAGCGGUUGAGUUGCCAUUGGAUUAGUGCAAUGAAACAACGAACAAGAACAAAGAACAAAAAACAAGACCCCUUUAACCUAACUCUAUAGUACUAUAAUGAACAACAAUUUAACCUAAAAAAACACACAAACCGCAGUAUAAAGAUGCCUUUCGUAAGCUAAAUUCAUGUAAAAAUAUUCAAAAAAAGAUAAUUUUCUGUAAUGAAAAUGUAAGAGUUGUACAUUUGUGUAGUUUAUCACAUUUUGUAAUUGUAUGUAAUUUUAUAGUAAUUGGAUAGCUAGAGGCAUUAAUAAACCAACCAAUUUGUAUAUAACCUACUGAACAGAACAGAACAGACUCGACAAAGGCCGAACAUGAAACACAAAUGAAAGAAAUGAAGAAAAGAAAAGAAUGAACUAACUAUUCAAACUAACGACAAGUAACGAAAAAAACAAAAAAUCUUUUGUAAAACGAUAUAUACAUUAUACAUAUAUAUUUGCACAGCAAACAAUUUAUAUAAACAUAUAUACCCACAUAUAUGAAACCCAAGAAAUCUAUAGAGAAUCCCAACAUUUUGUAUAUAAAAAAUGAAUAAGCUUAAACGAAAUCAAAAUACGCACACGAAAAUUUUACUCAUUAGCGCACGUUUUUCCGGUUAGAGAGCAGAUCUAUGGCAGCAGGGAAUUGUGAUCAGGAUCUGGCGAAUUUCGUGGAACAUUUUUGCAGGACCUCCUGAGCACAAGUCCUUGCUGCCAUCGAUGGGCUAGUAAAUCAAUCGCAAGACAAAUCAUGACCCACAUAGACCAAUCGCCUGGACAACUAAAUGGCAACCAAUGUCCCUCGUUUACUGCUCGUCUUUCUCCCAAACUCAAGGCGAUGCAGUUUGCUAGAGGCAUUGGUUGUCAUUAGAACUCCGGACAUUAAAGUUCCCUUGCCAAAGGAUAAAUCUACCCGAGGCCAAGUUCUCUCCCACGGCCAAGGGUUAGAAUAGAAGAGCAUCAGUGUACCAGCCACAAGGGCAAUGUGCUUAUUUCCAAUCCUAAAUCUACAACCUGGCAAUAUGGGGACUAGACAUUUCAAAGCAUUCCUGAUACUCAUUUCCAAAUUACCCAUAGACAUUGAUUGACAACAUACUAGUCUACUCUCUAAAAAAAAAAAAGAAAAAAUAAAAAAGGGAAAAGGGAAAACGUGCGCGCCACGAGCAUUGAACAAAACGAAGCAAGUGUCCUAUGCCGGUGCUAAACCAACCAACAAAUUUUCUAUAUAAAGAAAAACUGUAAAAUGCGUAUACAAAAAUGAAAUGAAAAAUCAAAUUCAUAGAAAAAAAAAACACAAAAAGAAUAAAUCUUUGCAAAAAAAAAAAUGAAAAAAUGCAAUUUGCAUAACAGACAAGUGGCGCAAGUCCAUCCAGUAAAAAGUAACCUAUUUUGUUGUUAAUAUUUUUUGAUAAACCUAAUUCUAUUUGCCUUAUACUUAUCCAACUUGUUUAUUACAACUAUUGUUUAUAAUUUUAAAGCUUGAGCAAUUAUUGAGAAAAUACAUACAUUUAUUUAUUAGACCUAUGCGAUUUAUUAUGUAUUUAAUUAAGUUUGAUUUAAAUGUUAAAUUUGUGUACUUUGCUGCUUCUAUCUGGUUAUAAAACAAUGAGCCGUUAUCAAGUUAAUAUAAUUUAUGUAGCAUUUUAAGAUUUCCUUUCUUGUGAACAACUGUACCUUUAUAUGCAUUAUGAUUAUUAAACAAAAAUUUAAAUAUAAA